AGAACACUACGGAUUUGAGUGAAAGCUAUAUUCGUGAAGAACACAACCCGUUUCCUUUUCUUUUUGUUCUAAUUGAUGUUGAAUUCAAGGCUUACUCGCCUUCUUCGUCGACCCUUAAUCCGAUUCUCACCUUCUCCAAUCUCUAACGCAUCUAUCUCCACUUCUCCUUCCUCGGGAUUCUCUCAUCGCGAAGAUGACCACCUUCCAGAAGAAUUCACGCAAUUGGGUUCCGGAAAGUCACCUCCUUUCAACGUCAGUGACACCGAAUCCGGAGAAAUUCGAAACCCUAGCUUCGACGAGAUAGAUGAAUUAACAGAAGAAGAAGACGACAAUGAAGAAAGUCUCGACGACGACGACGAUGAUGAUUUAUCCGUUCUGGAAUCUUUCGGGAAUAUCCCCCAAUCGAGACGAGACGUCAACAGUAGAUUCGACGCCGCCGAGGAAGAAGAAGACGAAUCUCGCCAUCCUUUGGUCAGAGAGACAAACCGACUGAUCGGUCUCAGAUCAUCCUGGAACCCCAAGCACGAAGGCGAGAUGAGGAAUCUCCUGAGGAGCCUCAAACCUUCCCAAGUCUGCGCAGUUCUACGCUCGCAAGACGACGAGCGCGUCGCUCUCAAGUUCUUCUACUGGGCGGAUCGUCAGUGGCGGUACCGCCACCACCCCGUCGUGUAUUACUCCCUGCUCGAGGUUCUCAGCAGGACCAAGCUAUGUCAGGGCGCGAGGAGAGUUCUUGUCCUGAUGAAACGCAGAGGUGUGCGUCGAACACCUAAAGCGUUUUCGCUUGUGAUGGUGUCGUAUAGCAGAGCGGGUCGGGUGAGAGAGGCAUUGAAGGUGUUGACUCUUAUGCAGAGAGCUGGUGUUGAGCCUGACUUGUUGGUUUGCAACACUGCUGUUGAUGUUUUUGUUAGGGGGGAUAGGUUGGAGAAGGCUUUACGGUUUGUGGAACGUAUGCAGGUUAUUGGGAUAGCGCCGGAUGUGGUGAGUUAUAACUGUUUGAUCAGAGGGUAUUGUGACUUGCGUCGAGUCGAGGAAGCUGUUGAGAUGCUUGAGGGAAUGCCUUGUGUGCCGGAUAAAGUUAGUUACUAUACCGUAAUGGGUUUUUUUUGCAAAGAGAAGCGGAUUGUUGAAGUGAGAGAGUUGAUGGAGAAGAUGGGGAAAGAGCAUGGUUUGGUGGUGGAUCAAGUCACUUACAAUAAUCUUAUUCACAUGCUCACAAAGCAUGGUCAUGCGGAUGAGGCUCUUUUGUUUCUAAAAGAGGCUGAGGGAAAAGGGUUUCGGAUUGAUAAAGUGUGUUAUAGUGCUAUAGUUCAUGGAUUGUGCAAAGAAGGAAGGAUGUCUGAGGCAAAAGAUCUCAUUAAUGAAAUGCUGUCAAAGGGACACUGCCCUCCUGAUGUAGUAACUUAUACCACAGUUGUUGAUGGCUUCUGUCGUUUGGGUGAGGUGGACAAAGCCGAGAAGCUGCUUCAGGUUAUGCACACACAUGGAUACAAACCAAAUACUGUGUCGUACACGGCUCUGUUAAAUGGGAUGUGCAGAGCGGGGAAAUCGUCUGAGGCGAGAGAAAUGAUGAACAUGAGUGAAGAGCAGUGGUGGAGUCCGAAUGCUAUUACGUAUAGUGUACUUAUGCAUGGGUUUCGUAGGGAAGGGAAAUUGAAUGAGGCAUGUGAUGUUGUUAGAGAGAUGGUGCUAAAAGGUUUUUUCCCAGGCCCAGUUGAGAUUAACUUACUGCUCCAGAGUCUUUGCCGGGAUGGGAGAACACACGAGGCCAGAAAAUUCAUGGAGGAGUGUCUGAACAAAGGGUGUGCUAUUAAUGUCGUGAAUUUCACUACGGUGAUUCAUGGUUUUUGUCAGAACGAUGAGGUAGACGCUGCUCUCUCACUGCUUGAUGACAUGUACCUGAUCAACAAACACGCAGAUGUCUUCACGUAUACCACUUUAGUCGAUGCAUUGGGGAAAAAAGGUAGAAUAGAUGAAGCAACGGAACUUAUGAAGAAGAUGCUUCAUAAAGGCAUAGAUCCUACCCCUGUCACAUACAGGACUGUCAUCCAUCGAUACUGCCUUUUGGGAAAGGUUGAUGAUCUCGUGGCUAUACUGGAGAAGAUGCUGCAGCGGCAGAAAUGCAGGACAGUCUAUAAUCAAGUCAUUGAGAAGCUUUGUGGUUUGGGAAAGCUCGAGGAGGCAGACAAAUUUUUGGGUAAAGUUCUGAGGACAGCUUCGACAUCUGAUGCUAAGACAUGUUAUGUACUUAUGGAAGGGUAUCUUAAGAAAGGUGUACCUCUAUCAGCAUAUAAAGUGGCUUGUCGGAUGUUUAACCGUGAUCUGAUACCUGAUGUUAAGAUGUGUGAGAAGCUUAGCAAGAGACUUGUUCUGGAAGGAAAAGUUGAGGAGGCAGAUCAGCUAAUGUUACGUUUGGUUGAGCGUGGUCGUAUUUCACCCCUGCCCUCCUCAAAACAGUCUAUGGUAUCAUAAACAUCUUUUUGGAUUUACUUUCAUUAUCAUAAGUUCAUAACAAACCACAAACUUCUUGGUAGAGUGUUUGAGAGGUAUCAAAGGAAGAGAGAUUGAUGGAAUAGUAAUUAGAACACUAUAAUGUGAGAUACGCACAAGUAAAUGCAAAGAAACAUCUGUGGCCUAAAUCAUACUGCUCUCUGAUUUGGAUUUUACUUAAAUGCAAAGAAACAUCUGUGGCCUAAAUCAUACUGCUCUCUAUUUAUUGAUCACUUUGAUGAUUCUGAGUAGUGAGUUCAUUACAGACUGUAACACCAAGAGUUUCUGUACAUUUACGAUGCUCACUUUCUCUGAAGGCUAUAACAUCAAUUAUUGAGAAGAAAAAGUAAAAUCUUUUGCAAAAGACAGGACUCAGUGGUUAGAAAUAUAAUAGAUGAAAAGUUGAGGCUUAUUCUUGAUGGUGUAUAUCUUUUGCACAUCGCUGUAUCAUUAAUGAUAUGCAUUAUUUUUUUUUUGUAUUUGGAUACAGUGAAGUUGUUAAGAAAAGGAUAUAGUAAAGUUGUUUGGUUGCUUGUUUCA